AUGCAGCCUCUGGCAUACUUUGCCGUGAGGAGUUUGUUGGGAUGGCUGCAAUGGGUGGAACGGGCCGAGCAUGCCUUCAUCAGCAAUGCGCUUGUCUUGGUUGCUGCAGGAGCUGCGCACUGCUGGGCCGUAGUCUAUGCGCUGUUCAUUGCCAUUCACACUCGGGCGAUGAGAUACGAGGGUUAUCAUGAAGGCUACACUGAGCAUCUACCUGUAUGGGUGAAUUGGACUGAAAAUCUAGCAGUUGCAUCGAUGGGGAUUUGGUGGGCAGCCGGUUUCUCCACAGCAGCCAUCCGCAUCAUUGAUGAUGAUGCUCGAGGUCUGCCAAUGGAUGGUGGAGACGUCCAGGUCAACAAGUUCAUCCAGAUUCUUCGGUCUGAAAGGCUACACGAUGGUUUGGGAUUGGCCCACACCCUCAGCUGCAUUGGAUUGUUCAUGAGCAUCGUCCUGCUCUGCAUUGCCAUGGGCUUGAUGAAGGGCUCUGUCACGGCUUGCGAGCUGUGCCUUUGCUUUGUUGCGAUUGGCUUUGCCAUUCCUCAUGCAGUGGUCUCCUGCCGCCGCCUAGAUUUGAGCAACCCGAAGAAGACAGAGGAUGCUGCACCUUUGCCUUCCGAGGCUGCUGAGGCAGCAGCGCAGGAGGCCGCCUCCUUGGGCCCCCAGCUCUGCGUUAUCCUGGCUCUGGCCGACUCUCCUGGACAUGCGUACUUAUGGCAGAAUUUUGUUUACUUCGUAGCUGCCAUUGCCUUUGUGGCUGCAGUCGCAGCCUGUGGACGUUCCCCUCCGAAGGUGGGCAAUGCUGCCCUGCCACCACAAACAGGAGAAUUUGCGACGUGCCUCGUGCUGGACUUCGUAGCCUCGGUGGCCUUGGUGCACCCGCUUUGCCUUGCUGGAUUUGCUUUUCUUCCACAACUUUUUGCGCAGCCUGUGACUUCGCAGCCAAAGUCGGAGGUGCCACAGAAGGGAAGGCCGGAGGCUCGAACCGUACUUCAGGCAGUCACCUCCUACCUGGAUGCUGCUUUCACCGUGACAGAGAGGGGCAGCACGGUUGGCCAGGAAAUGCGGGCUGGUCUCGUGACCUGGGUCACUAUGAGCUAUAUAGUCGUCGUGAACCCCAUCAUUCUUAGCGCGAGAUUUGCAGAUGGAAGUUCGCCGAUUCCUUUUCAUGCAGCGUGCAGAGCAACCUGCUUGUCGGCAGCUUUUGCAUGCGCCUUCGUAGGACUUGCUGCCAAUCUUCCUUUUGGAUUGGCCGCCGGCAUGGGUCUGAACUCUUAUGUGCGCUACGGUCUCAUCGAGAGACUUGGCCUCGGUGCCGAAGGGGCCCUGGCCGCGUGUUUCGUGCAGGCCGUGGCGUUUGCAGUGCUGGCUGCCAGUGGAGCAGUCGACAGAGUUCAAGGAGCCUUACCGUCAGCCCUGAAGUCCUCGAUCACGGUGGCCAUCGGCGUGUUUCAGGCCUUUGUGGGCCUUCAGUUGAUGGGCCUGGUGGUCAAGAACGAUACCACCUUGGUGGCGCUGGGAGACCUGUCCCAGCCAAAUUUGUGGCUGGCUUUCACUGCCACCUUACUGGUUGCGGGACUUUUGAUCAGAAAAGUCACGGGGGCUUUGCUGCUAGGCAUUUGCUUUACGGCAGUGGCCUCGCAUCUCCUUGGCUUGCCCAACCCGAACCAGCCUUCCGCUGGACUUUCUGCUGGCGCUGACCUGCCGCAGAUCUUUGACUUGGAUUUCACUCCUAUGUUCGAGAAGCCCCAGGAGUUUGGCACAGCCGUGCUCUGUCUCCUUUUCAUCGUGGUGUUCGACACCGCUGGAGUGCAGCAUGGCAUCGGGCAGCAGGCUGGCCUUCUGGACAGCAAGGGCUUCCUGCCCGGCGCGAAGUACGGGUACUUGGGCAGCGCCUUCAGCACCGGCCUGGGUGCUGUGAUGGGCACUAGCCCAGUCAUCAUCCACAACGAGACCGCUGCUGGAGUCCAGGAAGGCGGUCGCACAGGGCUUUGCGCAGUGACGACUGCUGUGCUCUUCAUGCUUUCGCCAACCUUGGUCCCUGUUAUCGAGCUCAUCCCACCAGAGGCUACGGCGCCUUGCCUCGUCUUGGUCGGUAGCAUGAUGAUGGGCCCUGUCAGAGACAUCGACUUUGGGGACUUGCGACUGGCCCUGCCAGCCUUCUUGACUAUCUGCAUCACUCCGCUCGCGUACUCCAUCUCGGCGGGCAUUUUCGUGGGCAUCGCAUCUUACUAUGUUCUCGGGUGCGUCUUGUGGCUUGCUGAGGUGGCAGCUCGAGGUGGCAAGGUGCCUUGCUCAAGUUCUGCGGCAUCGCCCGUCAACUUGGAGGAAGAGGAGCUGAUUCCAGAGGUGCCAUAG